CGCGAGACGACCAGAACGCGCUCAACCUUGGGAACUUCCUCCAGAGUCCCCUACCACGCCUUCUGCCUUCACACCCAGCGCGUUAGAGCACGGUCACAGUUUCCUCCGUGCCGGGUUAGGAAACGAAAUGCGAAUGAGGAUGGGUUUCGGAAUUACUCCUUUCUCUCUUGACACUCCCGGCGCUAGUAUUACAGGAAACCCAUCCCUACGGACUCGGACUCGGACCAGUACUCAAGACCGCAAACCACUGCCGCAACAGGCGUUUGCUGCUCUCACCCCAGAUUUUCACAACAAGAGUCCAACUUUGCCUCAGGAGAAGAAAAAGGGUUGGCAAGGAACCAACAAAGACCGAAAUGGAAGCAGUGAUAUUUCGUUGGUUGAUCUGGCGACUCCGGAGCUGUUAGUCGAUCAAAAGAGCGAAGUAGUGGAGACGCCUCGACGACAACUACCACCGAUACCUCCGCCCGCAUUGCUUCCUAGAAGACCAGUUUAGGACUCGUCGGCGGUAGCCGGUACUUGUUUUCAGUGGAUCCCAUCACUCCAAGACGCUAUUUAUUAAGUUAAUCAUUCAUAAUUUCGUAUAAUGUCUAAGUAUGAUGAAGAAGCCUUGUCCUGAUGAACG